UGAAGAGGAGGGUCGCUCACUGAAAAGGGGUAACUUUGUGCAGAGAGAACCCUCUGCAGGGAAGGAUGACCCCACAGGGAGACCUAGGCCUCCAAAGAAAAGCCAACAUGCAGAGAAACAUCUAUCUGCCAUGGCAAGCUGCCCUCCUGAAAUAAGUCCUCCUGCAGAGAAAAGUCUAUCUUCCCAGAGAGUCUGCUGUGCAGAGAAAGUACACACAGAAGAGAGAGGUCACUUUGUUGAGAAAAGAUGCCCUGCAGAAAGAGAACUCUCUGCUGAGAAAGGUCAGAUGGAAAAGAAAUUCAUCUGUUUUGAGAAAGAUCAUACUGAGGAGAGAGGUCAGUCUUCCCAAAGCAGCUACACUGCUGAGAAAGGUAACAGAGUAGAGAGUCAGUACCCUGUGGCGAAAGGUCAUCACUCCAUGGAAAAAAGCUUUCCUAUGGAGAAACCCUCUACUUCAGGAUCUGCACCUACCAUGCCAGUGCCAAAGACCAUGCAGAAUAUUCAAGAAAACAGAGUUGGCAGUGGUACCAGCACAGUACCACAGAUUCCUCACCAGAAUGUGGCUGGGAGUAUCACCUCUGGUCAAUCUGUGCAGGCAGGGAAGGUGAGAAUGAGAGUUGAAUUGAAGUUGCCUGAUGAACUUAAGCCAUGUCUUGUUGAGGACUGGGAACUGAUAAACAAGCAUAAGCAGUUAUUCCAACUCCCUGCUGAGAAGAAUGUAGACACUAUUCUCGCGGAGUAUGUCACUUUUGUGAAAUCACAUGGAAAGGCUGAUAAUAGGGAAUAUUCUGUUGAUGAACUUGUAUAUGGAAUAAGAGAAUACUUCAACAGGAUGCUGGGUGCCCAGCUGCUCUGUCAGUUUGAAAAGCCCCAGUUGGCCCAAAUUCACCUGGCUUAUCCUCAUUUUCCAAUGUCUCAGAUUUAUGGGGCUCCACACCUCCUACGAUUAUUUACUCAAAUUGAGACUGUAUUGACCCACUCCCUCCUUAGUAGACAUAGUCUUAUGCGAGUGUCUACGUAUAUGCAUGAUUUCCUUAAAUACCUAGCUGAGAAUUCCACUUCUCUAUUUAGUGCCGACAAUUACAAAGUGGCUUCUGCUGAGUAUUGUUGCCAAGCCCUGUGAGGGUCAGCUGACCACUCCCUGUUAUG